UACUGCGCCUACCACUGACCCAUAUCGCUGAAUCGAACAAAGAGAGAGAAAAAGAAGAGUUGGAAACAAAAUUUCCUCAUUUUCUCUCUCUUCGAAGCUUUUGAAUCUCAGCAACAAUGGCGGUCUCUGAAAACGCUAGGAAAUCUCUUCUUCCUUCGUUCCUUUACUCCUCUAAGGGCUUUGCUGGGCUUGACCAAGUCGCUGUUAACAGCAUGAAUGCUAACCCUAAUUUGUCGGAAAAUGGCGCACCACAAUUGAAUAGCUUUGUGAUUCCAUCGCCUUCUGAGCCACCGAGGAAGAUUGAGAUGUAUUCGCCUCAGUUUUAUGCUGCGUGUACUGCUGGUGGUAUUCUUAGCUGUGGUCUUACUCAUAUGGCUGUUACUCCUCUUGAUCUUGUCAAAUGUAAUAUGCAGAUUGAUCCAGCCAAGUACAAGAGCAUCAGCUCUGGUUUCGGUGUUUUGCUCAAGGAGCAGGGAGUUAGGGGCUUCUUCAGGGGUUGGGUGCCCACACUUUUUGGUUACAGUGCUCAGGGUGCUUGCAAAUUUGGUUUCUAUGAAUUCUUCAAGAAGUACUAUUCUGACAUUGCUGGCCCAGAGUAUGCUGCGAAGUACAAGACAUUGAUCUACCUUGCUGGUUCAGCAUCAGCUGAAGUUAUUGCUGAUAUCGCCCUUUGCCCUAUGGAGGCAGUAAAAGUUAGGGUGCAAACCCAACCUGGUUUUGCUAGAGGAUUGUCUGAUGGUCUCCCUAAGUUUAUCAAGUCUGACGGAGUUGGCGGGCUAUACAGGGGAUUGGUACCACUUUGGGGUCGCCAGAUUCCAUACACAAUGAUGAAGUUUGCAUCAUUUGAAUUGGUUGUUGAGCAGCUUUAUAAGCAUGCUAUCCCUGUGCCAAAAAGUGAGUGCAGCAAGCCUUUGCAACUCGGUGUCAGUUUUGCUGGUGGUUAUAUCGCUGGUGUUUUCUGUGCUAUUGUCUCACAUCCCGCUGACAACCUUGUGUCUUUCCUUAACAAUGCUAAGGGAGCUACUGUUGGUGAUGCUGUGAAGAAGAUGGGUCUGUUGGGUCUUUGUACUCGUGGACUUCCUCUCCGUAUUGUCAUGAUUGGUACCCUCACUGGAGCACAAUGGGGUAUCUAUGAUGCGUUCAAAGUUUUCGUUGGCCUGCCGACAACUGGUGGUGCGACUCCUCCCCCUGCUGCCACCGAAAUCACACCUGCAAAGGUAUGAAGAUGUUGACGAUAGAGAAGUAUCAGCUUUAGUGGCUUUAAUCGGACAUUUUUGGAUGUGUGGAGAAGUGUUAAUAAACAACAGAACCACUGAAUGCUCACUGGAUGGUGGGAGAGAAUUUUUGUUUUCUUAUUUAAAUUCAUGACUAUGUUAAACUUCUAGUAGCUCUGGGCAAUACUUUUGACGAGGAUGCUUUUGUUCUCAUCCUUUCUGAAACUCUUUUGAGUAUGCAUAUUAGACCAUUUAUAGAUCAUUGUUUUGAUGGAUUUGCCCAAUAGGAACCGGCGACAGAGAAAUGACAUAAUAUUGGAGAUUCUACUUCGUUAAUUUUUUUUGGCUAGAGCUGUUGCUGGAUCUAGCUAAUGUUUGUUAUCUAUGGUUCAUUCCAGUGAGCAUAUUUGGGUUCUACCAUUUUAUAUUCGGUAUUUCUUUUUACUUGUAUUGUUCUUCUCUCUUACUGUAAUAGCCAAAAUGGGCUAGGGAAAUUUCUUGGUCUAAUUUCUAAUAAAUCUGUAUUGCUUCA